GUCCUACGCCGCGACAUUAAAACAAGAUGGCCGCGCCCUGCAGGUUCUGUCUUGUUGCGUAAGUUCUUUUGACCGUCACUCGUGUCAGCUUCAAAGUCAGAUAGAUUUUUCUCCCAGCAUGUUCUACUUCCGAGGCUGUGGCCGUUGGGUCGCGGUUUCCUUCACCAAGCAGCAAUUUCCGUUGGCACGGUUGAGCAGUGACAGCGCGGCGCCCCGGACUCCGCACUUCGACGUGAUAGUCAUUGGUGGAGGACAUGCCGGGACUGAGGCAGCCACCGCCGCCGCUCGGUGCGGCUCUCGGACUCUGCUUCUCACUCACCGCGUGGAUACGAUCGGUCAGAUGUCAUGUAAUCCUUCCUUUGGUGGCAUCGGAAAGGGACAUUUAAUGAGGGAAGUAGAUGCCUUGGAUGGCCUGUGUUCUCGCAUCUGUGACCAGUCUGGUGUACACUAUAAAGUAUUAAACCGGCGUAAGGGACCAGCUGUGUGGGGUCUGAGAGCUCAGAUUGAUAGGAAACUCUAUAAACAGAACAUGCAGAAAGAAAUCUUGAAUACACCACUGCUUACUGUUCAGGAGGGAGCUGUAGAAGAUCUUAUUCUUACAGAACCAGAGCCUGAACACACUGGGAAAUGCCGUGUCAGUGGGGUUGUUUUGGUGGAUGGAAGCACAGUAUAUGCAGAGAGUGUGAUUCUGACUACUGGGACAUUUCUAAGAGGCAUGAUUGUAAUUGGAUUGGAGACGCAUCCAGCAGGACGUUUAGGGGAUCAGCCUUCUAUAGGAUUGGCUCAGACACUGGAGAAGUUAGGGUUUGUGGUGGGAAGGUUGAAGACUGGGACUCCACCCCGAAUUGCCAAAGAGUCCAUUAAUUUCAGUAUUCUAAACAAGCAUACACCGGACGAUCCAUCCAUACCAUUCAGCUUUACCAAUGAGACAGUAUGGAUUAAGCCAGAAGAUCAGCUGCCAUGUUACUUGACUCACACCAACCCUAAAGUGGAUGAGAUUGUCCUUAAGAACCUUCACCUUAAUAGUCACGUUAAAGAAACCACAAGAGGACCUCGAUACUGUCCCUCCAUUGAAUCAAAAGUUUUGCGUUUUCCAAACCGUCUACAUCAGGUUUGGUUGGAACCUGAAGGAAUGGAUUCUGACCUUAUCUACCCACAAGGGUUAUCUAUGACGCUACCAGCUGAGUUACAAGAGAAAAUGAUCACAUGCAUCAGAGGCUUGGAGAAAGCUAAAGUGAUUCAGCCAGAUGGAGUUUUGCUCUUGUUGCCCAGGAUGGAGUGCAAUGGUGCAAUCUCGUCUCACCACAACCUCCCCCUGCCAGGCUACGGUGUUCAGUAUGAUUACUUAGAUCCCCGUCAGAUCACUCCUUCCCUGGAGACUCAUUUGGUUCAACGACUCUUCUUUGCUGGACAGAUCAAUGGCACCACUGGUUAUGAGGAAGCUGCAGCUCAAGGUGUGAUAGCUGGAAUCAAUGCCAGUCUUCGGGUCAGUCGCAAGCCUCCCUUUGUGGUUAGCCGAACAGAAGGUUACAUAGGAGUCUUGAUUGAUGACCUCACUACUCUGGGCACCAGUGAACCAUACCGCAUGUUUACCAGCCGAGUAGAAUUCCGUUUGUCACUGCGCCCUGAUAAUGCUGACAGCCGGCUCACACUGCGAGGGUAUAAAGACGCUGGCUGUGUGUCCCAACAACGAUAUGAAAGAGCUUGUUGGAUGAAGUCUUCUUUAGAAGAAGGCAUUUCUGUGUUGAAAUCUAUUGAGUUUUCGAGCUCUAAAUGGAAAAACUUAAUCCCAGAGGCUUCUAUAAGUACUAGUAGAAGUCUGCCUGUCAGAGCUCUUGAUGUUCUGAAGUAUGAGGAAGUUGACAUGGAUUCAUUAGCCAAGGCUGUUCCAGAGCCCUUGAAGAAGUAUACUAAAUGUAGAGAGCUGGCUGAAAGACUGAAAAUAGAAGCCACUUAUGAAUCAGUGUUGUUCCAUCAGCUACAAGAAAUAAAGGAAGUUCAGCAAGAUGAAGCUCUCCAACUGCCAAAAGACCUAGAUUAUUUGACUAUCAGGGAUGUGUCUUUGUCCCAUGAAGUUCGAGAGAAACUACAUUUUAGUCGUCCACAGACGAUCGGGGCUGCUAGUCGCAUACCUGGAGUAACACCUGCUGCCAUCAUCAAUCUGCUGAGAUUUGUGAAGACCACUCAACGAAGACAGGCAGCUAUGAAUGAAUCAUCCAAGACUGAUCAAUACUUAUGUGAUGCAGACAGACUUCAAGAGAGAGAGUUAUAGCUUUCAGUUCAUAAAAGAUUUUUAAAAAGCAUGUAAAUAAUUUGAUCAAUAUAAGAAUAUAGAUAAGGCCGGGCGCAGUGGCUCACGCUUGUAAUCCCAGCACUUUGGGAGGCCGAGGCGGGCGGAUCACGAGGU